UUCUCUGCGAUCAUUAAUGGCGCCGCCCAAUGCACGAUCCGACCAUGGCUCCUCUCUGAACGUGCCUCUCAUUCACGAUGACAAGCAACCCAAGCUGGAGGAUGUUGAGGCGGUUCACGGUCACUAUGUCGGAUCCGGAGACACAUCUUUCUUCAAUACUUGUUUCAAUGGACUCAAUGCUUUGUCAGGUAAUUAAUCUCUUAAUUGUGUAUCUCAUUGUUCUUGUUUGCCUCUUUUACCUUUCUUGAUAAUGGGUAUGGGAAAUUGGCGAUACCUACCUGCAUUGUGUUAUUUAUUUGAAUCUGAUUAAACUGAAUUUCAAAAG